CAGAGGCGACGUUCAGGGAGGAGCAUUUUGUUCUGGACAGGGGAAUUGUGCCGUUAUGUCGUAAAGCUGUUGCUUGUAACAGUUUGUACUACUCGUUAAACCGGAUUUAAACGCAAGUGGACGAUUGUAGUUUUCAAUCGUACUGAUAAAGGCAUUGUUUAGGGUUGCAUCUAUUUGAUAGUACUUCACAACUGUGAAGUUAAGCGAAGUGUAAGCUUGGGACUCGUUGGACUCGCCUGUGGAUCCAUGCAGACUCGGUCUGGAUAUCUUUCUCAAGAUCGCAGCUGCAGAUCAUUUGCUGAUGGGUACAUAAUGUGAGGGAACACACCAGAAGAACUGUGAAUUAUUCGGAAGACAGAGGAAUUGUGAAAGAAUGAACACAAGCUAGAAAGUGUUGUCUCCAGAGGACGGCAGACGUUUACCCAUACAGGUAUUUGACGUAGCAAAUGUGUACCUGGACUAAACACAUACUCAGAGAAACCUGAAAACUUUGCUGAUUGAAUCUCCAAAAGACCUCCUUGCCACAAAGUGAUCAAAAUGAAUGCUGAAGGAUAUCAGUACAGGGCUCUUUACGACUACAAGAAGGAGAGGGAGGAGGACAUUAAUCUGCAUGUGGGGGAUAUAUUGUUGGUAAGCAAAGGAGCUCUGGUGGCUCUUGGGUACACUGAUGGGCUGGAACAGAGGCCAGAUGAGAUUGGCUGGCUGCCAGGCUUCAAUGAAACCACUCAGGAAAAGGGGGACUUCCCUGGGACAUAUGUUGAGUACAUUGGAAAGAAGUGGAUCUCUCCCCCAACACCCAAGCCUAGGCCCCUCCGACCCUUACCUGUAGCUCCAGGUGUCUACAUGGCGGAGGCGGACUCGGACUCAGAGCAAGGCUUUUGUCUGCUAGACUUGACGGAGCAGUUCUCCCUUCCAGAGACCAGUCCACCCAUGUUGGCUACAUUGCUGGAAGCUAUUGAGAGGAAAGGGUUGGAAAACCCCACUUUAUAUCGAACAUUUACUGCUGGUGGUGGACUUGAAGUCAGACAAUAUUUUGAUUGUGAUCCUCCCUCACCAGACCUGGAUCAGGUGGAGCUUCCCGUCCUGUGUGAUGGUCUGCGCAGGUACCUGCAGGAUCUUCCCCAGUCCGUCAUCCCCCCUGCAAUAUAUGCUCAGAUGGUCCACACUGCCAAAGAGGUGGUGAAUCCUGAGGAAUGUGCCCAGCUGCUACGUUGCAUCGCCAGCUCCCCGAGCCUGCCUCCUCAAUACUGGCUUAGCCUCCACUGUCUGCUAAGACAUUUCUCUAGAGUGUGCCAAAACAGCUCCAAGAACCUGCUCAGUGCCAGAAGCCUGGGUGAGAUCUUCAGUCCUGUGUUGUUCAGACAACAGGCCACCAGUUGUGAACCCAGCUUGGAUGCUCACAUCAAGAUCAUCGAGGUUCUGGUGACCAGUGAAUGCAGUGAAAGUCAGUCAGCUCCAGCUCUACCUCCAAAGCCACCCAAGCCCACACCUGUGACUAACAACGGUAUGAACAACAACAUGGCACUACAAGACGCCGAAUGGUACUGGGGAGACAUCUCAAGGGAGGAGGUCAAUGAGAAACUGAGGGACACUGCAGAUGGUACGUUUUUGGUGCGGGACGCCUCUACAAAAAUGCACGGAGACUACACUCUGACUCUGAGGAAAGGAGGAAACAACAAACUCAUCAAGAUAUUCCAUCGGGAUGGGAAGUACGGUUUUUCAGACCCACUGACCUUCAGCUCAGUUGUUGAGCUCAUCAACCACUAUCGCAACGAGUCACUGGCUCAGUACAACCCCAAGCUGGACGUCAAGCUGCUGUAUCCGGUCUCCAAACACCAGCAGGAUCAGGUGGUGAAAGAAGACAACAUUGAAGCUGUGGGGAGAAAGCUCUGUGAGUACCACCAGCAGUACCAGGAGAAGAACAAAGAGUACGACCGCCUGUACGAAGAAUACACCAGAACAUCACAAGAAAUCCAAAUGAAAAGGACAGCUAUCGAGGCUUUUAAUGAAACUAUAAAGAUAUUUGAGGAGCAAUGCCAAACACAAGAGCGGUACAGCAAGGAGUAUAUUGAGAAAUUCAGGAGAGAAGGCAACGACAAGGAGAUCCAAAGGAUUAUGGGCAACUAUGAGAAAUUGAAGUCCCGGAUUAGUGAAAUUGUAGACAGCAAGCGGCGAUUGGAGGAAGACUUGAAGAAACAGGCGGCAGACUACAGAGAGAUCGACAAGAGGAUGAACAGCAUCAAGCCUGACCUCAUCCAGCUCCGUAAGACCAGAGACCAGUAUCUCAUGUGGUUGACCCAGAAGGGAGUCAGACAGAAGAAACUCAACGAGUGGCUCGGAAUCAAGAACGAGAACACAGAAGAUCAAUAUUCUAUGGUGGACGAUGAUGAAGACCUUCCUCAUCACGAUGAGCGGUCCUGGAAACUGGGCAACAUCAAUCGACUACAGGCGGAGGCUCUCCUCCAGGGCAAGAGAGACGGAACAUUCCUGGUUCGAGACAGCAGCAAAGCAGGAUGCUACGCCUGCAGCGUUGUCGUGGACGGUGAGGUGAAGCACUGUGUCAUCAACAAGACCCCCUCAGGUUUUGGCUUUGCCGAGCCGUACAACCUGUACGGCUCAUUGAAAGAACUUGUCCUUCACUACCAGCACACGUCUUUGGUCCAGCACAAUGACUCUCUGAAUGUGACGCUAGCUUACCCGGUGUAUACCCAGCAGAGACGGUGAGAACCUGGAUGUUUCCACAUGGACACAAAGAAAAGGCCUCAUUGGAGAGUUGGAGAUGUAUGUCCUCGAACUCCAUGAUUUGAAAAAAGAGGCUGCUUGCCUCAAUAAGACUUGAAAUCGGAGAAAAAGACACAAUAAAGCCUGAAACAUGUCAGUGACUUUGCCUAAUCACGAGCCAGAGGCAAGUCUGAAUGUAGAUUUAUUUCUCUUUUACUUAUUGUGGGAGCACAGACUUGAGUGGAAACUGCUGAACUACCCCGCAGAGGAGGACAUUUGAGGCCUUUUCCUAAUGGUGCUUGUUCCUUUUCAAAGCUUUACCAGCCGGGAAUGUAUAAUCGCAACAGAUAAACUCUUCAAACGGAACUUUACUCACCGGCCACAACUUUGUUUUUUCACCUUUUUGUUUUUCCUUUCACGUCAUCUGUGUGUCUGUGUGUGUGUGUGUGUCUGUGUGUGUGAGAUUGUCCAUGUGACCAAAACUCAUAGAAUCAGGAAAAUGUGUGGCGUUGAGAGGGCUGUGUAACACAUUUCCUUGUGUUAACUGUUCAGUAGCAGACCAUGGAUCAGCUGAUAAAUGUAGCAAAAUGGCACUUUUGUAAGCAGAGUUUAAUUAUUUUUUUUGAAGACUCCUAUGGAUGUUUAUGAGAAGAGAGGACGACACGUCUGCAUCCCGCCUUCUUACUGUUGAGCAUUAUAGUGCAGAUGCAAACCUGAUCUCUACUGUGGGCAAGGUGAAGCUAGAAAUGGACUUACUAUUUCAUGUAAAUAUGUGCAAAGUCAUGAAUCAAAGUGCACCAUACCAAAAAGGAUCAGUUCCUGUUUAGUUAUAGUCUGAUCUGCUAUGCAAUUCUUUCUCCAGAAAUUGGAACAUGUUUUAUUCUGUUGCAACCAACAAUAUAAGCUUGUUUUAUUGCUUGAAAAGUAUCUUUUCCUGUGUAAAUAUCCAAGAGGAUAUUUUGUGUCAAAAUGCCAAGGUACAGUAAAAAAAUGCUUAUGAUUUUAUCGAUAACAUAACAUACACUUUUAUGAAUUACAUUAACUAACAACUGGUAUAAAGAUGGAAAAGAUUGUUCUUUUUUUUUGCUUCAAACUAAUGUUCUUCUCAGGCAGAGAGACUUGAGUAUUUGAGCUGCUUCGGUCACAAGUACUUUUUCUUACAGAGCUACAUGCAGUUCUUUGUUGAGACAGACAAAGAAAGCACUCAUAAUAGGAUGAUGGGAUUGUAUGACCCUGAUCAACCAUCACCACAAAAACAGUAUAGAUUUAUUUUGUAAUAAAAUAUAUAUGUUCCCACAUGAGAAUAUAUCAAAGCAGACUGGUGUUUUCAACUCAUGGAUGUUAUUAAAAGAUCAAAAUACAUUGUCCACUUAGUAUUUUUCUGUAUCAGAAAAUCACUGUGUUUACAUGGGUGGAUCGGCUCAUUUCAGAUAGUCUUUAAUUUCAUAUUUUAAAAAAGGACAACAGACGCCAGUUUCCUUGAAUGAAAAAAAUAGCCAGAGCUCAACUAUAUUUCUUUUCUCCCUCUCCUUUUUGUUUUUCGCUUUUAAAAGCCCAGGUCAUCGGUACAUGUGUAAACUGUGGAAUUGUAAUAAUUGGAAAAAUAUUUUUAAAUGAUUUAAGGACUACCAACUUAUAGCCCUCUUUAAAUCUCAUAUGAAAAGGUACAAAUGAAUUCUCUCAAAAUGAGAAAAUGUCUGCCAUUAAUAUUUUGCGAUAAUGUGAUCUUUUUAUUCCCAUCAUAACAUGUACUCAUGCUCAGCACAGCUGUCAAGUUAAACUGUUUAAUAUAUAGUUAGUUGAUUAGAUUUAGUUUAAAUUUAAUAAACUUAACCUUACCUAAUGUAAUUUUGAUUAUUGCUUUUACAAUUUGACUCUGUUCUCUCAAACUUGGGCACAAAUUAUUUGUGGAAAAAGGUUAAUAGAUUUACCAACGGCAAAGUCUCCCCUUGUAUGGCCUGAGUGUCAAAAUAAAUGUAGACAAAAAAAAUUAUACAUUGGACAUAAAGAAUUUGUCAGUAUGGGAACAUUUUAAAAUUUGUUUCAUGCAUAGUAUUCUCCGUUCAAGACAGAACUGUUGUACAUCUUUAAAAAAGCUACUAAAAUGUGUUUUAGAUGUGUUUAACCUGAUUACUCAUCCAAGAUUGAAUUUUUAGCACAUUGAUAACUGUCAUUUCCUUUGAAACUUUGUUUCCAAUUGUCAAAAAUGUUUUUUUUUGUUUAUAGUUCUUGGAAAACAUGCACCAUUAUUUUCUUUGCCCCAGUUCUGGGUUGUAUGAUUGUUUUAGGUGUCUUUUUUUUAACUCAUCUUUUUGUGGGUGCCCCGGACAUGAUGGUUAGAUUGAGAUUUACAAGUGUUUACCAAGUUUUGCUUCCAAUCUGUAUUGAGCUUUGUUAAAAAGGAAAUAAAAAACUUCUUUAAAAAAUAAAUUAAA